AUGACGCAAAGAUGGUCCUCAAAGAAACCAAUCAGGGAAACGCUUUGCCAUCCCUUUCUCAUGGAGAAGAAGAUCCCCGACGACAUCUUAAUCCAGAUAUUUCUCAGACUUCCUCGAGACUCCCUCCUCCGAUGCGGGCUAGCGUCCAAAGCAUGGCUCCGCCUCACCUCCGACCCCUUCUUCCUCCGCUGCUACCGCUCGACACGCCCUCCCAUGCUUGGCUUCUUCUGCAACCGGCACCCGCCGAACACCCCGCCCAGGUUCAUCCCCACCAACAAAUCGAUCACCAAGUUCACGUUCAACAUUGCUCUCCCUCUCGAAAAUUCAUGCCUCGUGGGUUCCAGUCGACAUCUGCUCCUCUUCGGCACCUCCAACGGCAGAUCCUUCCACGUCUUCAACCUCGCGACCCAGGAGUGGACGGCCAUCCCCCAACUCACCGGCCGUGUCUCUCGGCGCUGGGCCAUCGGGUUCGUCCACGAGAGUGCUUCCUCUACUACAACUCCCCGUGGCUUCAAGGUGAUUCGGAUCGGGCCAACGCUUGCAGUGCAAACCUUCUCUUCCACCGUUGGAAGGUGGAAGCGGUCCGUGCCCGAAUACCAUCCGCACGACUUUGGGACCACGUUCAAGUACUGGCCAGAUCCAUCCGGAGUUGCUGUCGAUGAUCGAGUGCUCCAUUGGUUCUACAGUGAAACCCACCUGCUAUGCUACGAUGUCGACACGUCGUGCUUCUCCGUCGUCAAAUUGCCGGUGGAGAGGAUCAGCCACCACGCAUGCCUAAGCCGGUCGGAGGGCCGUCUCCGCUAUGUCCUCUUCGACCGCCGGUCCCCUCGCAUCCAAACUUGGGCUCUUCGCGGCAAGUCGAGGAACCAAGCUUGGCAUUUGGAACACGACAUGAACCUGUGGCCCCUGGCGAAAGGGGACUUGGUACUCACUAAUCUCGUGCUUCGUUGCUAUUAUGGUGGCAGCAGCUUUUACGGCAGCGCCAAGAUGAUGGGACUCGAUGGUUCGGAUUGCAAUCUGGUGUUCUUGCAUGCGAUGAAUGGGAAGGUAUUCUCUUGCGAUCUCCAGAGGGGUGAGUUGAAGCAUGUCUGCGACCUCGACUUCGAGAUGGUGGGUAGCAUGUUCCCCUUCCUUCGAUACGACGGUUGGGGGUAG